AAAAAGAAGAAGCUCUUCUUUUCUUUUCUGUUCUUUUCUCUUCACUUCCCUGGCCCUCUUAAAAUCCACGUCUCUCUCUCUCCUCAAGACAACGAAACCCACAAAAAUCUGUUGGGUGUCCAAAUUCACCACAAAACAUCAAUGGCGAACCUCAAAGCAGGGACAAGACCACCAUGGGUUGGUCUUGGUGCUGCUGUCUGGGUACAGAUAGCAUCUGGGAAUGCCUACAACUUCCCCCUUUAUUCCCAUUCAUUGAAAUCUGUUCUGGGGUUUAACCAACAUCAGCUGACAAUGCUUGGUGUUGCUAAUGAUAUUGGUGAAAACGUUGGAUUACUCCCUGGUAUUGCUUGUAACAAGUUCCCACCUUGGGUUAUUCUAUUGAUUGGAUCUUUUGCUUGUAUCUUGGGUUAUGGUGUUCUUUGGCUUGCUGUUAGCAAAACUGUUCUAUAUCUGCCUUAUUGGCUGUUAUGGCUUGCACUUUGUGUAGCUACCAACAGUAGUGCUUGGUUGAGCACGGCAGUGCUAGUCACUAAUAUGAGAAAUUUCCCUGUCAGUCGAGGCACGGUUGCUGGUAUUCUCAAGGGCUAUGCUGGGCUAAGUGCUGCGGUAUUUACAGAAAUUUACAGCACCAUACUUCGGAAAUCCUCUGCUAACCUUUUGAUGUUUCUUUCGUUUGGUGUCCCUAUUCUUUGCUUUGUAAUGAUGUACUUUGUUAGGGCUUGUACUCCUGCCUUUGGCGAAGACUCCGCCGAGCAUGGCCAUUUUCUUUUUAUCCAAGUUGCUAGUGUGGUUCUUGGCUUGUAUGUUUUAACAACAACGAUAUUAGAUCCUAUUUUUCAUUUUAGUGCUGAGGUUUCUUAUGCCAUUCUUGUCGGAAUGGUGGUUCUUCUCAUGGCUCCCCUUGCGAUUCCUGUGAAGAUGACUUUUUGUCCUUUGAGGAUCAACCAACCUGAGAUACGUAACCAACAAGUUGCAUCUUCAGAUGAAACACUUCAAGGUGAAGGUAAUGCAGACAAAACUGAACCACUGUUGAAGUCAUCUGAAUCGUCGACGUACCUGGGAAGUUUCCGUGAAGGUGAUGAAGCAUCAGAGGUGGCCAUGCUUCUUGCCGUGGGUGAGGGGGCAGUUAAGAAGAAGAGGAGGCCUAAAAGGGGGGAGGAUUUCAAAUUUACUGAAGCUGUAAUCAAAGCCGAUUUCUGGCUUCUUUUCUUGGUUUACUUCACUGGUGUUGGUUCCGGUGUGACUGUUCUCAACAAUCUGGCUCAGAUAGGGAUUGCACAAGGCAUACACAGCACGACAAUACUGUUGUCUCUUUUCAGUUUUUGCAACUUCAUUGGCCGUCUUGGUGGGGGUGUGGUAUCCGAACAUUUCGUCAGGUCAAAAACGGUUCCCCGUACCCUUUGGAUGACAUGCACUCAAAUCAUCAUGGUCAUCACAUACCUUCUCUUUGCAUCAGCUAUUAGUGGUACAUUAUAUGCUGCAACUGCAUUACUAGGAAUAUGCUAUGGUGUUCAGUUCUCAAUCAUGAUCCCCACCGUCUCUGAGCUUUUCGGUUUGAAGCAUUUUGGUAUAUUUUACAAUUUCAUGUCCCUAGGAAAUCCUCUCGGAGCAUUCCUCUUCUCGGGGCUCCUAGCAGGAUAUAUAUAUGAUAAUGAGGCUGCAAAACAGCACGGACUUGGUCUGAUCACUUCAAGCAUUUCAUGCAUCGGUCCAAACUGCUUUAGGCUUACUUUCCUGAUCCUUGCUGGUAUCUGUGGUGUGGGCUCAGUAGCAAGCAUCAUUCUAACAAAGAGGAUAUGGCCUGUUUACCAAAUGCUUUACGGUGGGGGUUCAUUUAGGCUGCCCCAAACUUCAACUUACUGAGUUUGUUGAGAUAAAGUGUCUAAAAAUUUCGAUCAUUUCGUAGGCCUACUUUUGGUAUUUCCACUCACGUAGUUUGCUAAUAAAUGAAGUUCAUGUUUCGAUGGCUGUCUAUUUACUCAACACGCGCAUCCAAGCUCUAAUCUUACAACCUUUGUUCUAAUUAUGUAUAAUCUAUCUAGAGCUGCAUUGUUGCAUACUUGCUAACCUGAUAUGCCGGAGCUUGUUAUUGUUAACGAUGUUGCAAGUUUGUAAGUUGAUAAUGGAGCUGCUAAUUUUAGCUUUACUUUUAAAGGCAGUGAUUAAGUAUUUUUAAAUGCAAAGAACCUAUACUUUUUCUUUA